CACUCUUCUAUUCAUCCAUCUAGCUGCCACAUGUUUCCGUCUCUUUUUGUGUCCAGGGGCAGAGCGAUCUCCUUCAAGCAGUGCGAUAUCUGGACUCUCGCUCACGGCCAUGAGGCCUUCCGACUACUCAUUGUCCUUUCUCGACGAGAUUGGACCGUCCCCCUCCGACCAAACGGUCGAGGAGACCUGGCGAGAUCGCGUUUUCCCACUUCUCAGCCCCGGCACCUUUGAGGCUAACUGGCAAGCAGUCCCCGAUCCUUGUGGUUGGUUUUUGGACUCUUCCGGGUCCCGAUGUCGCGUCGACCCCAAGCCGCAUCAUGUGGCGAAUUGCCAGGUCGACCUUCAAGCACACGAUGGCACGUCGUACCCAGCCACCAUUUCGUAUGAAGCCGUCGUUUUCGCCAAGGCCGCCUACCUGCGACAAAUUUUGCGAGGGGAAGCGCAUGUGCACGCCGCUCUGGCGCGCCGGCGAUUUGUAGACCAGUAUGUGGCGAAACUGCCGGCGGAGUGGAGAGAGGUGAUUGUGCAUUGUGGUCUUCAUCUUUACUCGGACGGGAGAGGCGGGCCGAUGGCAUCGCCCUCGGCCGAUAUUUACCAGCCACUCUCCCAACCGCGCAAUAUCAGGCUCCUAAAGCUCCUGCCAGCCGAGGACUCGGCGUCCAUGCUGCAGUGCACGCUCGCCGAAUCGGUCUGCUUGCCAGAUGUGCAGUACGAGGCCUUGUCCUACGUAUGGGGCGAACAGUUGCCCGAUACCAUGCAGCCCAUCCAACUCAACGGCUUUCCCUUUAGUGUGGGGAAGAACCUAGGGGAAGCACUGCGCCAGCUGCGGCCGCAGGCUGGGGACCCAAGGUUGCUAUGGAUCGACGCGGUUUGCAUAGACCAGACAAACCUACAGGAAAGGGCCCAGCAGGUUGCACAAAUGGACCACGUUUACCGCACCGCGGCCAACGUUAUCGUCUGGCUCGGACUCGAGGCCGACGCAACGGCAGGGGCAUUCGACGGCCUUACACAUGGGCCCGCAUCCGAGGUUCAGGAAUUCGACGCCCUGCUGGUGAAUGAGGUGACGCUCGAGUUUCCCUUUGUCUCCUCGCGGCCGGGUCAGCCGGGGCCAUACGACAGGUAUUCCCACAGAUUUCCGAGCUCUCCGACGGCCGAGGGAGCGAUCGCAAUGAUUCAACAGGCACUCAGGGAGACGCCAGAGCCGCUGCCAGAAAGCACCCACACGGCUAAGGCUUGCCUGAAGGUUCUUGCGCAGCCGUGGUGGAGAAGGGUUUGGGUGCUGCAGGAGCUCAUUUUGGCCAGGAAGGCUACUGUCGAGUACGGGUCGGGCUCGAUGCGCUGGCCACUUCUACAAUUCAUCCUAUUCCUUUUUGCCCGGCGGCGCUGGGGCAUGGAAGGUUUCUUCAUAUCCUCCAACGUCCCAUCGCUCCGAGAACAGGAAAUGGAUGUUUUGUUGGAGCUUUCGGCCGAAAUCGAAAAGGUGUUUCCUUUCUUCUUCCUGCAACAGAGCUCGGUGCUUGCGAGCAGGAUCAAACCCGCCUCUAUGGCGGAUCUUGUGACGCUUACGCACAAGUUUGAGGCCACGGACGCGCGCGACCAGGUGUAUGCACUCGUGGGCCUGCUGCCGACCGAAAGCCGUGAGCGAGUCAUUUUUACCCCCAACUACAAGACUGACGCCCGGCGGCUCUGUGUCCGAACUGCGAGGUACUGGCUCGAGAGCACGGGGUCCCUAGAAGUUAUUUCAGCCUGGGAAACGGUGCCGAGAGGCUCGGAGGGACAUGGCGCGCAGAGGCCCGCACUCCCAUCAUGGGCGCCAGAUUUAAUCCGUCCUCACGUCUGGCAGUUUUGCUCUAUCCUUAUCGGCAGCUUUUCACCGUACAAACCAGUUUGGGAGUAUUUGGUUGAGAAGAAGGCGCGGGAGGAGUCCAAAUCAGCGUGCGCGAGCGCUCCAGAUCAAGGAGCCGCAGCAAAAAAUCCGGACUUUAGCACACUGCAACUGUACAACGCGGGUUUCCACCGCCAAUCGCCCUACCCGCUAGAGUUCGCCGCCUACGACGAGGUGUUUCUCCCGCGGGGAGUUACGGUCGACUGCAUCGUCGAAGUUGGCCCGAUGCUAAGCAGUCCCCUUGCCGAGAGCGGGCGGACGUUGUUCCAUGAAGGGAGAUUGGAAGCAGCCCCGGCCAUUGUGAACGAGCUCAUGGAAACAAUCCAAAGCUGGAAAUCGACCGCACGUCUGUCGCAGCCAGGGACCUACCCCUCCACGGGAGAGCCUCUACACGAGGCGUUCUGGCGCACCAUCUUCCUCGACCGGUACAUCACAAGUGAAAGGGCCAUGGACGAGCCUCUGAACCUCGCCCGGUUUGGAAGAUGCGAGGGCGAGAAUGCUUCCGGGCCCGCCCAAUUCGCGGGCAGGUUUCCCCCAACAAACCCUCGACACGAGAGAAACAUGGGGCUGGUUCUCGCCAUGGAUACCUUUUUGCGAGGUCAAUUCGUAAAAGUGAACAUGUUCUCGUUUUGGAUGAGCAUGUUCCGGACGUCCAAAGGUUACAUUGGAGUCGGGCACCCUGAUGCGCAAGCCGGGGACAAGAUCGUGGUCCUUCUCGGCUCUCCUGUCCCGCUCAUCCUUCGGGAUUACCCAGAGGGGCACGUCAUCGUUGGACAAAGUUACGUGCACGGCAUCAUGGAUGGCGAAAUCAUUACAGCCAAGAUGAGCGGAGACAAGGAUGUGAAGAAGGAGGAGUUUGAGCAGUUUCGCCUUAUAUAAGAGGCAGGGCGCUACACAGGGGUGAUUGCAGGGGGCUGGGACUGGGCACGGCGCAGGGCUUUCCAUAUAUCUAGAAGCAUGCUUUGGCAGUUGCAUGUAUCUUUGCCUACAUCCCUUCUGUUUGCGCAGUCC